AGUUUGAGAGGAGUUGUGGAUGCGUUGGCGUGUUUGUUUUACGUAAGUUUCAAUGGUUUUGUUGAAAACUGCUACGAUUUUAUCGACCUGGUAUAUCGGAUCUUAACAAGCUACUUUUUAUCAUUCUCUUUUGGUUGUGAAAAGACGCCAUGUUUUCUAGCGAUCGUCAUGGCCUGUUCAAAUGGGGACAUUGAAGUGGCCCUUAAAACGGGAACGUCCCCGUUUUGAACGAUAAAGCAGAAAACGAUAAAGCAUAAGAAGAACCAGUAGAAAUUGAAAAAGGAAAACAAAUAAUAAACAGAAGAAAGCUCAGUUCAAAAGUCUAGUGAACAUAAUCAGAGGAGGUAUAUCGGAUCUCUAAUUGAAGGGGGAGCUUCAGUACUGCUGCUGACAGGAUGCUCCGCUUUAAAUAAUGGUCUAGCAUUGACUCCACCCAUGGGGUGGAUGUCUUGGGAGCGUUUUCGGUGCAUAAUUGACUGCCAAAGGUUUCCUGAUGAGUGUAUAAGUGAUCGAUUGUUCAGAACAGCAGCAGACUUAUUGGUAUCAGAAGGGUAUGCAGAAGCCGGUUAUGAGUAUGUAAUUAUUGAUGACUGUUGGCUUUCCAAAGAAAGAGACAGAAAUAGACGCCUACAACCAGACCCCGAGCGCUUCCCUCAUGGAAUGAAGCAGUUAGCAAGCUAUAUUCAUGGGAAGGGAUUGAAGUUUGGCAUGUAUGAAAAUUGUGGGCCAACGACAUGUGAAGGCUAUCCCGGAAGUAUUAAUCACUUACAACUUGAUGCCCAAACCUUUGCGGAUUGGGACGUGGAUUAUAUCAAAUUUGAUGGCUGCUAUGUAGAUAUUAAAAUUUUGGAUAGAGGCUACCCUGCGUUUGGUUACUAUUUAAAUAAAACUGGUCGUCCAAUGGUGUAUUCGUGUAGCUGGCCUUAUUACUAUGUGGAAAAGGGAAAAAAACCAAAUAUGAAACAAGUUUCUAAACAUUGCAAUCUGUGGAGAAAUUACUAUGACAUCCAAGAUUCAUGGUCCGUUGUGCAAGCAAUAAUAAAGUGGUUUGGAGAAAAUCAUUAUGAAAUUGAUCAAUAUGCUGGACCUGGGCAUUGGAAUGAUCCCGAUAUGCUUAUAAUUGGUAAUUAUGGACUGAGCUUAGAUCAGAGUAAGACUCAGAUGGCUAUCUGGGCCAUAUUAGCUGCUCCUCUUAUAAUGUCCAAUGACUUGCGUACCAUACGUCCAGAAUUUAAAGACAUUCUGUUGAACCGGGAAAUUAUUGCCAUAAACCAAGAUGUUUUGGGAAUUCAAGGGAGAAGAGUGAAGAAGGAGAAGGAUAUUACAGUGUGGAUAAGACCUGUCACUCCAGUAGGUUAUACUCACUCUUACGCGGUUGCACUCGCCAGCAACAGAGUUUACGGUGACCCGUACAUAUAUAGCGUGAGGUUGAAUGAAAUCGGACUGACAAAUCCUGCAGGCUAUAAUUUUAAGGAUUUGUAUGGCGACAAAGAAUGUAUUUUAUACCCACAUCAAAACCUUACCGUGAGAAUAAAUCCAUCAGCACGGGUGGAAAAUCUGAAAUAUACUCGUACACAUGAUAAACCAAGGAAUGAAUAUUUGAAA